CCACACAAUCGGUCCAAUGUCUCGACCACUCUAAUUGAGAGAGGGAAAAGCGGAGAGUCGCAUCCGGGUGGUGGAGCAGCCUCCCGUGCCGAACCGUCUGACAUCCCCCAGUCCUGCGAAGGGGACCAGCAGUCACGGGGAGGAAUAAUGGUUCCGAAUAGUCUGCUUGGUUUCCAGUCGAGGUCGCCGGUGUUCAGAACACUGUCCAGGGGCUCCAGUGGAUAUUUUUCGUUCGACAGCGAUUCUAUUCCAAGCUCCCCGAUAUUGAAAGAUAACAAGUCGACACAGACUCCGAGCCCAUCUAGCCAAGUCAUUACCCACGCACUGCAGCGCAUGUCUCAGGCACUGGAGACCCGGCGAGAUUAUGGUAAGGCACGCACCCUUGCUGGUGUCGCACAGGUUGUUACUCACAAUCCAGAGCGCUGGCUUCGAGGUGGGCAGGUACAUGGCAUGGCGCACAUGAUAAACUCUUUACGCGCAAAAAUGAUGUGCGCUGCCCUUGUGGCAAUCAGAAAGUGCACUAUUUUUAUACACUUAACUCACACCAGUUGACGACAUCCUCUGACUAUUCCAAUGUACUAAGGACCAUUGGUUCUGUAGCGUAUUCAUUGAUAUGGGGGGAGGAUGGCGGGCUAUUAUGCACGGAUGCGUCUUGGUUUAUUGCGCGCUAAUUGUCCCUUGGGUGGUUUGUAAUGUCUAUAGUUAUAUUUAUUUAAAUACCGUAGUCAUUACGAUAUCUGUAUGGGUCGAGCAUCUUUAAUAACUUGACCAUGAGCCAAUAGUUGGAUUUAACCUCAGCAGGAAGUUUUUUUAGAUCAGUAUCUGCCCUCCGUUUACUGAGUUGUCAUAACAAGCCACCAAGGAGUGUGCGUGUGUGCGUGAUAGCAAAACAUGCGUGCACAUGUGUUUAACGGCACCUGUGCUUGCACACAGACUUACACUCAAUCUCAAUAACAUUCCGUGACAAAUCCAGUGGCCAUAGAAGACAAGCAAAAGGAAAUACACAGGGAUAAACAUGCACUGCUAUUUGUCCCCUUAGUGCAUAAUAGAUGUGAUUGAGCAGCCUAAUUCACCUGUGUACUUUUAUUUGACCACAUGUAGUGAGUUGGAGUAGAGGCCACAUGUAGUGAGUUGGAGUAGAGGCCACAUGUAGUGAGUUGGAGUAGAGGCCACAUGUAGUGAGUUGGAGUAGAGGCCACAUGUAGUGAGUUGGAGUAGAGGCCACAUGUAGUGAGUUGGAGUAGAGGCCACAUGUAGUGAGUUGGAGUAGAGACCACAUGUAGUGAGUUGGAGUAGAGGCCACAUGUAGUGAGUUGGAGUAGAGAUCACAUGUAGUGAGUUGGAGUAGAGACCACAUGUAGUGAGUUGGAGUAGAGGCCAGUCAGAAUAGACCUCUGUAUCUUUUGUCAACAGCAAACAGGGCUUCCUCCCUGCUCAUUCUCCUUAGGAGCCGGCUGAUAUGAGGGACAGAUACAUCUCUAUCUGUAGUGUUUCACACACAUCUCUAAUCCCAAAGAGACUACACUUAAAGGAAAACUCCACCCAAAAACAAUCUUUGGGUAUUUGUUUAAUUAGACCGUAGUCCAAAAUGUUGUGCAUGUCAGCAAUCAAGUUUUCAAGAUAUAUAACUUUCAAAAUACAGAAAUACAGCCAGUAUGAUGCAUUCUGCUACCACUACUAAAAUAUAUUUUUGGGAUUGAAUUUUCCUUUAAUGGGUACACUCUUAGAAAAAAAAGUGCUAUCUAAAACCUAAAAGGGUUCUUCGGCUGUCCCCAUAGGAGAACACUUUGAAGAACCCAUUUUGGAAUCACGUAGAACCCUUUUGGGUUCUAUAUAGAAGGCUUUCCACACAGGGUUCUACUUGGAAUCAAAAAGGUUUCUCCUAUGGGGACAGUCGAAUAACCCUUUUGGAACCCUUUUUCUAAGAGGGUAGAGAACAACAACUUUUCUAUCUAUGAUGUUGGGAAGCCAAUGAACUGGGCCCCACUCAGAGCCAUUUCUUAAGAUAAAGUCUGAAGAGUAUGUUUGUGGAGAAUAUCAUCAAUGUUCUCCAGUUUUAGUACCACCGCCUGUUAUUGCCUGACGGAGGCAGACGCUGUGGAGGAAUUAUUUACCUGUUUUUUUUACUCAGACAUUUUAUUUUCUGACCAUCAGAUAUGAUUGAUCCUAGCACACAUAUAGAAAAUCACAAGUGUGGUGUAGUAUCUGGUAGUCUAUAUCAGGGUUCCCCAACUGGCCCGUGGGUGGUUUAUAUUUGGCCCCCCAAGUUUUCUGAGCAAGAAAUAAUAAAAGGAAAUCAGCUCAGAGUGAUUUUAUACAAAUGUAAGCAAGGUUUGAAAUGAUUAUGUUUUAGUCAAACAUUAUAUCUGUUUGGGCUUCUUGUGGUCAAUUUGGCGUCUACAAAUUAUUUGUAAUUAUGUUUUCCGGCCCCCUGACCAUCCACUCAAGAAAAAAUUGUCCCGCAGCUGAAUCUAGUUGAUGCCUUUGGUGCAUUAAAUUACAUUUAGAUUUUGACAACUUUUCUUGAGGUUUCUUGACAAAUAGCCUUUAUAACGCACUCAUAAGAUUGUCAUAAGAUAACAAAAGGUAACAUUUCAUAACAAUAGUCCUACACUCAUCAUGGGAAAUGCUGUGGUGAUGCAUGAUGCAUGUCAUGAAUUGUCACUGUGGUGUGUGUUAUUGUUAUGUCUCUUUUAUGACAGUGAUAUAAAGCCAUUAUGCCAGGCUACUUGCAGUAAAGGGUUUCCAUAUUAACAUAUAGUACAACUGAUAUUGCAGGGGCCCUGAGGGAUAUGAGAAAUAUUAGACAUAUGGUUCAUGACACGUGAGUCAUAACAAGAGAUCAGAACACAUUCAUAUUGACAACUAAACCACACUAUAGGAACCACUUAGCACGUCAGAAGAGAGUCAUACUGGACUCUUCUUAGUACUGUUGUAGCUUGGUCUUUGUUAUUAGAUUGUGUGCCAAUGAGUUCUGAGAGCCAUUUGUUCUUUGUCCCCCAGACGUGUGGCCCAACCCCCUCCGGCCCAAUAGAGCACGCCCACCACCGACUGCGGGGGACAUGCGGCCAGAGAUACUAAUCGGUCAGGAGCUUCAGCGCAUUGGAGAUGAAUUUAACAACCUCUUCAUACAUGGGGUGAGUAGUUACACCAGCACUGAGACUUGCAGUCUACUAUACACUUACAGAGGGAGGAGCCUAAAAAGAGACCCAUAUAUCCUGAUGAUACGUCAUUUCUGGGGGGAAAACAAGAAUUAAACCAUCACUUUCAGGGAAUUGUUAGCUUCAGUUCAAAUAUCUCUAAGUGAGUUAGUGGCUGCCAACCACUCUCAAAGGAUACGAUACACAAAAACAAUUAUAUCAGGAUCAUGAUGAUCACAGUAGUCGCUGCAGGACAAGGGAAAGUUCAUCUUCCCAUUAGAUAGUGUCAAUUAUUUCAGCGUUUUCGCAGACCUGCUGCCGAAAUCAUAAUAAUAUAAUAUAAUAAUAUGCCAUUUAGCAGACGCUUUUAUCCAAAGCAACUUACAGUCAUGUGUGCAUAUAUUUUUACAUAUGGGUGGUCCCAGGGAUCGAACCCACUACCCUGGCAUUACAAGCGCCAUGCUCUACCAAUUGAGCUACGAUGACAGCAUCGUUGAAGAAAAUGCUUGUGCAGCCAUCAGAGUUGGUUUCUUUCUCUUGCUACUUGCACAUUACAUUUCUGGAGGUUGCAUCACCUUAUUUACAAACCAUAUCAAGGACUGCACUGUAUCAAAUGGAGCUGAUAAGGUGCACAGCUCAACAUGUGCCAUUCUAGAUGAUUUCUAUUUGUGUCCUUGACCUAGCAUAGACACAUUCUGUGCUCUCAUUUCUUAUGUACUGAGGACACUCUGGCUUUAGAACAUUAUUUAUAAUACAAUGCAUAUGAAUAAUAUGUUGUUACCAAAAUAAUAGUAUUUGUAUACCUUAAUCAUUUUCAGUGAGCUCACUAUGGCAUAUGCCGUGGAGGGUCAUAUUAUGACUCUUGGCCUGCUAUACAUGUGUGAAUAUCACGUAUCAGCUGUUACACGACCGGCCUAAUGUUCAAAGACACCCCCAGCAGGAGGCUGUCUGUUCAGCACAGACAUGAAAAGGUUUUGUGAGGUCAUGGAGAGGGAAAGAAGGAGAGAGGGAGAGAGAGAGGCUACAUGAAAAGUGCAAUACUGUUCAUAUAAACGUGUUAUUGCAGGUUUUCAGUUAAUUUAUGUAUAUCACGAAGCUCAUCUGCAUUUCCUGCAGUGCAGGAAAAUUCUCAGCAACAAAAGAGUGAUCAAAUGAAGAUCCUACAUCUGUAGCUACAGGACAGGCUCUUUGUAGCUAAAACAAUCUCUGUCAGGUGGGGAUUAAUCUUACCCUGGGUUACCCAUUUCCUGGUUAAUUCCAUAACUCUGUCCAGAUCUUACACUUGAACACCAAUCAUACUCAAAGAGCUUUGUUGGGUUAAUUUUUGGAGGGAAUUUUUAGUUUAUAGAGAAUGUUCCAUUCUUGUCACUCUCCAUCUGAGCAGUCUUGAAUUGGCUGAAAUGAAAGACCCAUAAAAUGUUUUUUAACAUUUACGUAAUUUAGAAGACGCUCUUUUCCAGAGCAACUUAUAGGAGCAAAUAGGGUUAAGUGCCUUACUCAAAGGAACAACAAAAUAUUUUUUCACCUAGUCGGCUCAGGGGUUCAAACCAGCGACCUUGCUGCCCCACAUCUGUUUGAAAGCUGUUGAUAAUGCAUGUUGCAUGCAUUUCAGGGAGUUUCGAUGUGACUGUGCAUGGAAUUUGUUGACUGUUUUUCUUGCCAGUCCAUAACCCCGGGAUGUUCCUGUCAUGGACGUCGUGUAGAUUUGUAUCUGUUUUCUUCAUCGCCAUCCCCAAGGGCCACUUCCUGGUACCCAUAAAAGGGGAAGGUUUGUCUGUAUAAUCAAAAAGAUGAACUGAUGACUGGACUUUGUAUUUGCUCACUAAAAAAACAGAAAUAUUUAUUUCUAAUGAGUGCAUGAGCAUUUGCUGUGAAUAAUGUGUUACUAAUGGCUCAGGGUGUCGGAGGAGAAAUACAUAUUGACACACCUUUCAACAGGUGAGGCUGUUGAAACACACAUUCUAGAACAGAACAGGGUGUGUGUGUGUGUGUCUAUGUGCCAUGUUCUGGUCUCAGGUGUUUGGUUGACGUCAGAGAGGAAUUCUGCAAGACUGUCUCUUUCUAGAAUCUAGAGCUGUCUCAUAUGUCUCCCAUCUGUCACAAUUGUCUAUUAAAUAACUUUAUACAGGUUAUUACGUUGUGUGUUACUGCCAAGUGCAGGUGUUUCAUACAGUUCUAUGUAUAGGUUUUCAACUGCCAAUAACUGUCAUAAUGCUUGUAUCUGGAUGAGCCAUAUUACUUCCUAGCUAGUGACUAUAAAGUGAGUCAUUUCAUUGUAGACAAAGUGUUUGUGUGUUUUACGGUGUCACGUAAGGUGAAUCAAAAAACCUCCUGCACACUUUGUUUACUGAUCCACAGGUCUGUGUCAUCUGUCAAACUUCCUAGUUCUUCCUUCUGAUUGGCUCUAUGGCCUCUGGCCACCCACACAACUGACCAGUGACCUACAUUACACUAGCGAUGACCAGGUUUUGUUUUGCUACACACACACACACACACACCAUUCCUUCUCUGCCUAAAAGCCAUCAUGAAAAAUACUAAUUAAGGCUGUCUGAGUGUGCAAUCAAGGUCAAUGAGGCCAAGGCCAGAGGUUUGAGACUGGCAGGAGGAAGGGUCAGGUUACAGGGAUGGUGCAGUGUAGCUGGUUGGUGAGUGAGUGGUUGUGUUGCAGCAUAGCAGGACUACGUGACUGCUCAGCUUUAUUAUGCCUACCCUGCGGUUAAGGCUCUCAGGGAGCCCACUGUGGGCUCUAAUUAUCCACUGGUCCGCCUUUACAGGCCUCACUCACCCAGCGCCAUGGAGACACACUCAGUCCAGCUCCGGCCCUCCAGACCUGAUCUUUGUCAUCUUCUCCCAGGGUCAGUUUGAACCAAGGCUCCAAAGGUUGUCAUGCUUUGUGUGAGGCGCUGGAAAGAACUUCUGAGUGGAGUUGGUCCACUGUUAAGUCUUUGAGUGUGUUGCGGCUUUGGGUGUCUCAGUACUCGCUUUCUCUGGUUCAGGGUUUGCACUUUUGGAGCUAUUCCAUUGGUUCCAUUGCACCAGGCCAGCUCAAUCAAGCACAGCUAAAGUAUUUGGAAGAAAUCCAAGUACUAUUUGAGCCCAGGUCUGGUGAGACGUCUCUCCAGUGGUGAAUAUAGUAGUGUGAGACAUAAGGACAAGCACCCUGCUAAUGCAAAGCAGAUGUCUGGCCACAGAAACAUGUUGUUAUUCUAAGAUAACUAAGGUCUGCAUUUUGCCACUCAAAUUAUCUGAGCAUUCACAUGGCAGCUCACUUCUUUGUGGAGUUUCUAUCUUGUUUUUAAAUUGUUACGCAAAGGGAUUUUCAUUAGGAAGCAGUGACGGCCCAUCUUAUUUGUGACGCAAUAUUAUUUUGGUUUAGGACCUGCAGUCUUUGUCUUGUAGAACAAGGGAGAGAGAAGUUUGUCUGUUUGGGAACUAUUUUAAGCAGCUACGUAAUAGCUUUUUUAAUCAAAUAAAAGCACAUUCGCUGAGUGUAAGUGACUACUUUGUUUUUCCUCAGCAAUUGCAGGCAGACAUCUGCGAACGUAUUAGCGAGUCACUUUAAUUGCAUGUCUUCUACUUCAAAUUGUGGCUGCUCUCCCAGUUUGUUCGAAUUGUUUUUCAGUGUUCUUCUGGCCUUGGACGUUUUUGUUAAGCUUGCAUGUGGUGUUGCAGAUUUCACUCUGCGUUCUCUCACAUCAGCAUGUGGUACCUGAAAAUCACACAGUUUGGGAACAGAAACAGCUGAAUACUCAGGCCCUGAUCCAUUAGACUUGAGACUAGAUUGAAAAGUGUUAAUGUUUUGUAAUAUUGUACCAAUUAGCUGUUUGUGGGCAUGGGUGCCAAACUGUCAGUGUGUGUAUUCAGUGAAUUUGUGUAUUAACGUCAUCACUGCCAAAAACCUGAUUCUUAAAGGGAAAGAUAAAUUGAUCCCAUUUUUAAGGAAAGUAGCAAGUACAGUACAAAAUCCCUUUAAUAAUAUAUUAUUAAAGGGAUCAUUCACCUGUUGAUUUGCCUUUUUCCAGCCUCUCAUGUUGCAUGCCUCAGGGUGUGAAGUGCCGUGUGAUUACAUAAUGUGUGUACUAGCUAUAUAAUGCAAUACAAAAUGCAACAUUGAGUCACAAUACUCUAAUACACACCAGAGAGGUUUUACCCUCAGACUCAAUGGCCAAAUAUCUGGAUCAAGUCUAUGUGUAUACCCUGUGUUGAAACCACUGCCUGGAACGGUUCAAUUAGUCAAGCUUACAGUAAGUACAGACAUCUUUCUUAUUCUAUUAAAAUCUCAGUAAAACAAAGUGCUGAGUAAAGGGUUUGAAUACUUAUGUAAAUAAGGUAUUUCUGUUUUAUAAUUUUUUAAUAAAUGUGCUAAAAUUUCUAAAAACCUGUUUUCACUUUGUCAUUAUGGGGUAUUGUGUGUAGAUUGCUGAGUUUUUAUUGUAUUUUUUAAAUCCAUUUUAGAAUAAGGCUGUAACGUAACAAAAUGUGGGAAAAAUGAAGGGGUCUGAAUACUUUCUGAAUGCACUGUAUGUUCUAAUCAAACAACCUUUCAACAGCUUGUUUUAAGUUCUUGUUAAAUCUUUCAGGGCAAUCAUUUAUAUCUAGCCAAACCAUCGGCCUGCCAUUUCUUUCAUGAACUCAUCAUGUUUGGCCCGAAGGUGAAUGGGGUCUUGCAAGGUUGCCAGUUCUGCUCUAAGUCUCUCUUACAGAGGGGUUAAUGCACUUCAAUUUAAGUCCACUUCCUCAUCACCUGUUUCCUCAGACACUAUUCACAGUCACUCCAGGCUUUUGUGGUUCUUGGCAUGACUCAUUUAAACUAAAACAAAGUGUUGAUAUCCCCCAUUCAUUUGUUCCUAAAUGUCUGCACUGUAUGGCUCCCUGCCAAGCUGCUCUGAAUCCACACACAUGCAGUGAUUCACUAAUGGAGUGAUGCCUCAGUCAUACUUCAGCAUAGUUCCUGUCAGAAACAUAGUUUCUGGUAAAAGUAGAACUCAGACUUGGUGUUUCCUCUGUCCCCUCUGCCAAAGAGGCCACAGGGGAAAUGACCAGCGCUUAUCGCAAAAGCCCUGCCAAUCUAGUGACCUCAGGCCAGCGUGAAGGCCGGGCCAAGACAGCCACCUGUUUUCACCUCCCCUUUGCCAAGUCUGCAGAGGUAAUUGUCUGUGAGGAGGGAGUAGUCUAUCCAUCCCCCAUUAUUAGGACCCCAUGAGCUGGCCAAGUCUAAGUGCACUGCUAAAAACCUAAUAGAAUGGCUCACAAUCUUCCCUAAUCUCUCAAUUCAUCUCACAGGAAAAAUUUCCCUAUUUGUGUUUAGGUCAUCAAGUGCCUCUUCCAUCUGAAGCUGAAGUAGCUGACCUAAUAGAAUGGCUUUUAUGACCGUGCUGCUGCCCUGUUUUUCUCAUUAAGAAAUAUGACUCAUGUUGUAAACCUGGUAUGUUCGUGUGUGAGGGUUGAGUUCAGCCCAAGGCUCUAGUGUGGUGGUUUGCAGGGCCUCUGCCCAACACAGCAAUGUUGACACAGAGAUCCAAAGAGCAGAGCAUCAACAAUCCAUUGAGAGGGUAAAUACAUUUACUCUGGUUGCUCAUUUAAUGCUCAAUUGUGUUUGUAUAAUUCAAUACUGUGUACACAUAAUUAACAAACACACGUACUGUACACAAGCACAUCCUGGCACAGUUUCACUGGAGCACAAACACAUGUAAGAACGUUUCAUUUGUUUGCCUGGGCUAAGUGUGGAGUGAACCCACUGAUCCUGACACCUGGAGAGGGACCAUGGGUUUGGGGUGAGGUGGGGCAGGAUGUUGAGUUGUGUUGGCCUGCUUCCUGUGUUUGUUAGGGUUGCAUGUGUGUCAUGAAAGGACUGGCACACCGACCACAGUUGAGCUCAGCCGUGUCCAGUAUUAUCAGCUAACCUCAGCUGUCUGUCUUCGACACACAGCAGGGGUCUUUAUGGUGCAGCCAAGACCCCCCAUGGGUUCACUGAGGAUAAAUCUGUUUAUUAGUGCUAGUUGUUUGAAUCAUAUGUCUGGAGGUGAAUGGUGCUUUUUACACUGUGUGUUGUGGCAAUAAUGUUGAAUGCUCUAUGUUUGUGGAGUAUGUUUAGUGGUUAUACUGUAUGUACAAGAGUAUGUGUAUGUAACACGGCUCCUUUCUCUGUGUCCUCCACAGCGCCUUGCAGGCAGAAACGGUCAGGUUGCCCAGGGAAACCUGCAGCAGAUGCACCAAGAGCCCACCUUCCUACUGUGGAUGGGUGUUCUGAUUGGACGACUAUUACAGAUAAUCCUGCGGAGAAGA